AACAACUCGGCUCUGCAAGCAUGUGGUGAACUGUCAUCGCACUCUCGACGACUCAAGACCCUAAAGGAGUACGAGCCUAUCGCUUCAGCUCAUUCCCUUUGACUUAACCGUCAACCUUUACAGCCAAAAUGAAAGUUGUGGGACCUACCUGCGCGCUGAAGAGCAGCAAAGUUGGAGGGGAGGAUGUUGUCCGCUGCCUCUCCGAACAGAGCCUGACCAUCUCCAAAUGCAAGAUCCCGCUGCUGGACGAGCAGAUGACCAUGUUUCUGCAGGACAUGAACAACUGCUACAGCAAACUGAAAGAGCUGGUGCCCACGCUACCGACCAACAAGAAAGCCAGCAAGGUGGAGAUCCUGCAGCACGUUAUUGAUUACAUCUGGGACUUGCAGGUGGAGCUGGAAAGCAAGAAGAACCAGAGCUCCGCUCCCCGGACGCCCCUCACGACUCUGAACGCGGAACUGGCCAGCAUUUCUGUUGAGAAUGGCUGUUCAGAUGACCGAAUCAUGUGCCGUUAAAGUUGAUGAUCCCGGUUUCACGUCAACUGAUCGGAGCAUCGCGAAGAAUGAACAAGGUGCGCGGAGGUGAUGAUGGACCAGAACCACCGUGUGACGCCUUGAACUGUGUUGGGAGGAUCUCCUUCUCCUGUUGUAGAGGAAAACAGCUUUCAGUAGAGAGUCACAAAACCCGUGGACAUGAGAACUGAAGUGUGACGUUCUCUCUGAGAUCUUCCCAAACAUAUCGAUGUGUGUUAGCUGUGGAAUCCAUGGCGAUUAUUCACUUAUAGUUCAUGCAUUUCCCUUUCGGUCAAAGUUUCUCCAAUGUUUUGAUAACUUUUUAGAAAAAUGUCUAUUUUGUUGUAAAGUUUUCUCAGAUUACUGAGCGAAAGAAUGUAUUGUAUAUUACAAUGACAUAUGAUGUGAAUGCCUUAUUGUGUUUUUUACAAUGUAUAUUGUGUUUUUUAAUUAAAAACAAGAAAAUUAGACCUA